AGCAGGAUUGCACCUGCAGGACUCCAGCUGUAUAGGAGAGGCAGGAAGGCAGGCAGGCAGGGACAGACAGACGGACAGACGGAGCUGCUCCUCUCUGCUUUUGUCUCCCUUUGGGCUUCCCAGUGCUCUGCCUGUGUGGAGGCCUGAGGCAUGGGGACAAGGGGAUGGACACUUUCCACCUUCGUGGGGUGCUGCGUAUGGAUUCUGUACGGGCUCAGGGCUGCUGCCGCCGUCCCUGUCACUACUGAGGGGCCAUUUGCUGUGGGGACAGCUUCUCCCAUCAUGGCAGAGAGUGAGGGGCCCCAUGCCCUGGUGAUGGGCACUGCAGAGACAAGCACUCCGGCGGCCGAUGCUGAGAUAGCUGAGAGCAUCCUUGCAGGGAGCCAGGCAAGCCCAUUCUUCCCUCCUGGGGCUGAGCCAGACACUUUUGUGACAGUGACGAGCGAAUAUGGCUCUACAGUACCAACUUUGAUGAAUGUGACCCAGCCUCUUAAUGCAACUCAGGGUAACGAGAGGGGUUCAGCUGCUCCCACUGCAGCCAUGACCACUGCCGCCAUCUCUGCACAGCACCCCACUGUCACCCCAGAAGUUGAGCAUGAUGUAACAGGGGCUGCUCUCGAUGUGCCCCUGGGGACCACCCCUCUCUUGGCAGACAUGAAGGAGGAUGUUCUCAUGGCUGUGACCAGAGGAGCAGAAGAUCUAGACUCCACCAUGGGUGCUAUGCCCCUCCCCACCACUCCUGCACCAGCAGCCGUCUGGGGGGCACAGCCAACUACUGGCAGCCCCAUGGGCGCUGGUGUCACCGUGCUGCCAAACCAAGGGCUGACCACAGCCAUGGGAGCAGUCGAGGCAGGCGUAACCCUGGCUGCGGAUAUCCAAAGCAAAGCCAGUGCCAACUCCUCAAGCCCCAGCCCUGGUGCCGCGGCACUGCUCACAACCCAGCAGGAUGGGGCCAUGAGCUGGGCUGUAGGCAUCACCCCAGAGCCAGUGGGAGAAAUGGCCCCAGCUGCUGAGGAAAGUCCCUCACCUUCAGUGCCCAGGGAUGCAGGAGAUGCAGUAAACGGUGCAUUCAGUACAGCUGCCUCGUUCCGCCUGCCUCUGGAGAGCACAAUGGUGUCAGGAGCAGUGGGAAAUCCAGGGAAGAACCCCAUUCUCCCUGGCCAGGCUGCACUGAGCCCAGCUGCUUCACUGGUGCUGGCCGGUGGUGGGAAUGGGCAGGGAGCUCCUGACGUGACAUCGGACAGUCCUGGUUCAGCUGCAUUGCAUACAGCCAGUGAGACACCCACAGUGACAGUGGGCACAGCCACCUCGCUGCUGGCCCCAAAGGUUCCCACUGGUGCACAGAAUGACAUGAAUCCCCCAGCCCCAGCCACCACAAUGCUUGCAGGGAAUGUGGGGGCUGUGGGUCUGGCGGAGCCAUCCCUGCAGUCUGCCCCAUGGCAGAGCCCCACUGGAGAACAGCCACAGCUGCUUUCUACUGCCCUGCUGUCCCCCACAGGCACCCCCAGCACUCCAGGGGCUGGUUACCCACCCCUGGGGGCUGGCACCCUGCCUGCAGCUGAUGAUGGGGCAGAGACACCAGCGAGCCCUGACCUUGGUGCUGCCACAGGACCACCCGUGUUUCCAUCCCUCAGAGGGUUGCAGCCAUGGGGGACAGCAGAUGGUGCUCCCCAGGGAGCUGAUGGACCCAGCACUGGAUUGCAUUCAGCUUCAGAUGCCCCCAGCCCAGCAUCUUUUGUACCUGAUGGACUGAUAUGGCCUCAUGCUGGGGUCCUGGCUCAGGGGGCUGAGGGUGCAGGGGAGAGGGCACAGGCAGGAGGUCCAGGGGAUGGCAGUCCUUAUGCAGAUACUAAGAGUGACAUGAGUCCUUCAAGCAUCAGCACUCAGCAGGAGCCUGCUAACACUGGAGAGCUGCCAGCAGAAGGAACUGGGGCUUUGGUGAAUGCUGAACUGUCCCCUCCAUCAGCUUUUGGGGAUGGGGCAGGAGUAGGAGCAGCCCCAUCACUGGAACAAGUGUCCCUGCCUGGCCCUGCACAUCCUGGAAGUGCUGGGCUGGAGCCUGACCUCUCAGGGGCUGAAGCACCAAGGGACUUGCCCAGUGAAUCCCCCAGCACUCCUGGGGCUGCUGCUUACCUGUCCCCGGGGGAUGCAGCCUUCCCCAUGUCUGUGGCAGAGACACCAGCGAGCCCUGACCUCAGUGCUGCCCAGGGAGCACCAGUGCCUCCAUCCCUUGGUGGGUUGCAGCCAUGGGGGACAGCAGCUGGUGGUCCCCAAGGAGCAGAUCUCCCUGGAGACAAAGGAGCAGGCACUGGCUUGAACUCAGUAUGGGAUGCCCCCAGCUCAGCACCUUACGGACCAGCAGGACUCCCAUCAUCUGUCCUUGGGGACCAGCUCGACACAAACUUGAAGCUGCCAGGAGAAGAGGGACUUGGAGCUGGUGCGGCACAGCGGGCGCUGGGAGAAGCAGUCAGUGAGACUGGGUUAGAACCAUCCUUGAGCUCUGCUGCAGGCAGCGGGAUGGCAGCUGGGAUGGAUCAGCUACCCAGAGCAGGGUUCCCAUCUAGUACUGCCUCUCCCAGUGGUGUGGUUGCUGCAUCCUCUGUUUUGGACCCAGCCAGCCAGAUUGCCCUUGGAGGAACGGGUAGUGCUCCUGGAGCUCUGCAGCCCUCCCUGGGUGCUGGGCCAGGCGUCCCUCCUGCUGCAGCAGAAGGGGCAGGUGAAAUGGCUGGUGACAGGGGUUCCCCGGGGCAGUCCCAGGCCCCUGCCAGAGGGGGACCAGCUGGUUCAGGAGCCCCUGAUGGAGAAAUGGGAACCAUCCUGCACUCUGCAUCUUCCUCUGCAUCUACAGAGGAGUCUUCAUCACCUGGGAUGGUUGGUGAGGCCACCAAUGGAGCAGGCAUUCCUGGAGCUGGUGGAGCUGGUGGUGGCUUGAGCACAGGCUUGGAGGCUGCUGGCCUGGAGGAACACCCCAUGUCUGUCCCUGGUGUCCAGAGUGGUGCUGAUCUUGGACUUUCUAAUGCAAAACUGAGCCAAGUCAAUGUGGUGGAGCUGCCUGAAGGAGCCUCAUCGAACAGGGGACCUUCCCCUGGUGCCAGCCUGGGAGAGGGCGCAGGAGCCAUUGUACAGAUUGCAUCGGGAGCACUGGCACCGUCUGCCCUCCCCUCCCCCCAGGAGACGCAGCCCCUGGUCCCUGUGGCUCCAGAUGGCAGCAGUGUCUCCGAUAGCACAGCUGCCUCACUGGCUCUUCCUGGGCAUGGACUGAACUCGGGGCUGGCACCCAAUGGGGACCCCCACUCUGCCCCUGGCACCCAGAGUGGGAGCAGACCCCUGGUACCAGGGGCACUGGGUGGGCUGACAGGAGAUGCUGGAGCCACUCAGACAUGGUCUCUUGAAGAUGAGGUGGCCUCAGGAAUGCCAGUGCCUUUGGGAGAAGCAUCCCCCCGUGCCCCUGUGUACCCCAACACUGCCCCGGCGCUGCCUUCUGCUCCACAGAGAGAAAACACUGCAGAGAGGGGGUCCGUCGCUCCUGGGCUUUCCACUCUGCUUUCAGCACCUCUGCCAGGAGGGCCAGUGGCCACCCGGACCCUGCUGCCUGGCCCUGCAGUUGCAGCUGUGCCCCUCUACAGGUACGGAGCAAAGGAAAAUGAUCAAGAGUAUGUGGAAAGAAGGGUGGACUUUAAUUCUCCACUUUUCAAACCUGAGACUGGAUUUCCGUUUGGGAAAACCCUGCGCGACUCUCUCUAUUUUACAGACAAUGGACAAAUAAUUUUCCCAGCCUCGGACAACAGCAUCUUCACGUACCCCAACCCUCCUCCCAGGGGUUUUAACGGUCAUGAGAAGGUUCCCAUGAUUGCUGUGUUCUGGGACAACGCCGACUUCUCCAGAGGUGUUGGCACCACCUUUUACCAGGAGUUCCCCACCCUCAACACGGCCAAGCCUCCGUUCGUCCGUGACGUGGAAGCAAAGAUUCAGCGGUACCUGAGGUCCUCCUACUCUGCAGCCUGGACCCUGAAGAUCACCUGGGAGAAGGCACCUGCCUACUCAGCAUGGACUGACACCCAGAGGACGAUCACAUACCAGGCCAUCCUGACCACUGAUGGCUUCAGGUCCUAUGUCCUGAUGCUGUACCAGGAGGGAGGCAUGCAAUGGGAUUAUACCAGGCUCACUGCCACAAACGUGCUCAUCGGCUACACCAGUGGGGAUGGCUUUUAUCACAAUGAUGACCUGACUCAGAGACCUCCAGCCGCUAAGUAUCGCCCUGACCAGUUCAGGGGCUACAACACAGACCUCCGUGGGCUGUGGAUUUACAAGCUGGAGAGCCGUGUGAGGGUCAACUACCGGCUGAAGUGCCUGGCAUGGACAGGGCGGCAGCAGGAGCCGCGUGUGUGGAGCCAGGGCCUGCCUGCCUGCCCCUGCUCCCUGCAGCAAGGGCAGCAGGACCUGCGCUUCAGGAGCAGCCGGGGAGGCUGGUGGGCUGCCCGUGUCUCCAUGCUGCACUCCACCUCCCCCAAUCAGCACGGUGCCGGUGUCCGCUGCCUGUACGACAGCCACAGCCAGCUCAUCGAGGGGCGGCAGGAGAGAUACUGGAGGCCCUCCAGGCAGGCAUCCCCCUACCGUGACCAGGAGCUGAAGUUGUACGACUGGUGCUGUAACCAGGCGGGCAGUGCCCGCCUCUGCGCCCACUACAGUGAGAAGAGACCAAAGAUCGGCUGUGAAGGAUACCGGUUGCCUGGCACAGCAGGUUCCUCAGAGGAGGCAGAGAGCAACUCGGAGGAGCAGAAUGAUGGAGAGGACAAGUAACUGGGGGUUGCACGUUUGCAAACCAGGCCACAGCUGAUCCUCCGAGUCCUUUGGUCUGGCUCAUCUCCUGUGUCCCCUCACUCCCCCCAGCACCCAUCACAUCACCCCUGCCCACCACGCAGGCCAGCUCACUCAGCUGGUGCCUGCAGUUGCCUUCAUUGACACAAGUUCAUUUUUCUAACCCAGACACAUCCCAAGAAUUCAGUUGCUUUAGUCGCCCUUCCCCAGCUGCAGCUGAGCGGGUGUCCUUGGGCACUUCCUUGCUGGUGGGAAGGCAGGCAGGUACACCCCACCAUGUCCACCACCCCCUGUCCUACAUGCAUUCUGCUCUUCCUCCCACGCUAUGGGGUGAGGUUGGCCCCCUGACACCCAGGGAAUGGGUUUUUUCACCUUGUGUGCAUCGACUGUGGCCAAGCCCCCAAGUGCUGCAGUGCACGAGGCUUGCCCUGUGAGCCGGCCCUGUCUUGUCCCGACUUCUGUCCCCCAACCAUCCCUCCUCAGGUGGUCCCCAGGCCCUGUGCCCAGGAGAAUGGGCAAUUCUCCUGAUCGAGCCAGAGUUUGCUUGAUGCCUUUGCUGGGUGUGCAAGAGCAAAAUUCAACCCUGUGAUCAGAAAUGUUGGGAGAAAAAUAAAUUCUUUUCACGCAUAAUAAAGCAUCUGCCUUUCUUAAAAAAAAACCAAAAA